GAGGAGCCGGGAGUCCGCGGCGCCGGCUCGGGGCUGCGGGAUGGGGAGUUAGCGCCACGGCGGCGGCAGUGGCCGCGGCGCAACCGGCCGCCGCCCCCGGGCCCGUCCCGCCGGGGACGCCGGGAGCGGCCAGCCAGGCCCGCGGGCGGCGGCGGCGGCGGCGGCGGAGCUGGGCAGGUGGAUGCGGCUGGAAGAUGGCGCCCUCGGGCCCGGGCAGCGUCAGGCGGCGGUGCCGGCGGGUCCUGUACUGGAUCCCCGUGGUGUUCAUCAGCCUCCUGCUCGGCUGGUCCUACUACGCCUACGCCAUCCAGCUGUGCAUAGUGUCCAUGGAAAAUAUUGGAGAACAAGUUGUGUGCCUGAUUGCUUAUCAUCUACUUUUUGCAAUGUUUGUCUGGUCGUAUUGGAAAACUAUCUUUACAUUACCAAUGAAUCCUUCAAAAGAAUUCCAUCUCUCUUAUGCAGAAAAAGAAUUGCUAGAGAGAGAGCCAAGAGGAGAAGCCCAUCAGGAAGUUCUUAGGCGAGCAGCCAGAGACCUUCCCAUCUACACCAGGACCAUGUCUGGAGCAAUCCGCUACUGUGACAGAUGCCAACUUAUAAAACCAGAUCGCUGCCAUCACUGUUCCGUCUGUGAUAAAUGUAUUUUGAAGAUGGAUCAUCAUUGCCCAUGGGUGAACAAUUGUGUUGGAUUUUCAAAUUAUAAAUUUUUCCUCCUUUUCUUGGCUUAUUCUCUGCUGUACUGCCUUUUUAUUGCUGCUACAGAUUUACAGUAUUUUAUCAAAUUUUGGACCAAUGGCCUACCUGAUACUCAAGCCAAGUUCCAUAUUAUGUUUUUAUUCUUUGCUGCAGCUAUGUUUUCUGUCAGCUUGUCUUCUCUGUUUGGCUAUCAUUGUUGGCUAGUCAGCAAAAAUAAAUCUACAUUAGAGGCAUUUAGAAGUCCAGUAUUUCGACAUGGAACAGAUAAGAAUGGAUUCAGCUUGGGUUUCAGUAAAAAUAUGAGACAGGUGUUUGGUGAUGAGAAGAAGUACUGGUUGCUACCCAUUUUUUCAAGUCUAGGUGAUGGCUGCUCCUUUCCAACUUGCCUUGUUAACCAGGAUCCUGAACAGGCAUCUACUCCUGCAGGAUUGAAUUCAUCAUCUAAAAAUCCUGAAAACCAUCAAUUUCCUGCAAAGCCAUUGAGAGAGUCCCAGAGCCACCUUCUUACUGAUUCUCAAUCUUGGACAGAGAACAGCACAAACCUGGGAAAAGGUAAAGCUGGUAUGAGCAAUCCUGCACUGACCAUGGAGAAUGAGAAUUAACUCUUCUAACAAAAUUUACUCAUACUUUAUGGAAGUAAUCAGUGCUGUCGAUGGAUGGAAGAGGCUUCCCGCAGGAAGGCACCACUAGCUAGCUGUUCCCACCCCCUCUGGCUGGAUAUGCAGAAUGUGAAUUGACCAUUUCUCUCCGAGCUGUUGCUUAAAACAUAACACAUUUUUACUCCAGUAUACAGAUUGUUUCAACUAACACAAAUUCCUCUUAAACAUUAAAAGUAGUUAUGGUUUAUGAAUCAAGGACAAAAAUAUCUUCUAUCAUAAAAACUUGGAAUAAAUUCAUGGGCCAGUUUUCACCCAGAUAUUUGGGGAGCACAACUUACCACAUAAAAAACCCACUGAUCCUCUGAUUUUCUGAUUCAGAAAAUUGAGACUAUUAAGAUAUUGAGAUUUAAAAGAUUUCACGUAACAUUAUAAUGCUAAGCUUUAUUUGUAAAACCUGUUACCUACGAGAAGGGGGAGGUAGAGGUAGCAGACGAGACUUGUUUACUCCCUCUGAUGUGAAUCUAGCCUUAGGCUGCGUGAACUGUAAAAACUAUGAAUUCAUUACAAAUUUCAAGUGGCCUGCAGUUGAAGAUGACCAUCCUUUUUUUUUUUUGCCAGGCUUUAAUUCUAGCCUUUGUUCCCUGCUGGAAAAGAAAUGUGAUCAUUGAAGCUUGAGCUCAACUGGCUGGAAAAAUCUUUGUCAGAAUUAAUACAUUUCUAUUACGUCAAAAAUAUAUUUUUCAUUUCUUUUAAUUAUGUGAAAAAUGGGGCAAAGUCUAUAAUAACAAUUAUGAAGAUUGGUUUAUGAUAUUCUUUUGCUGGUUUAGCUUUUAAAAGUCUCUUUUUAGGUUAUUUCUCCUAUUGAACAUAGCAAACACUGAAUUUUUGUUAAGAAUUCCUGAUGGGCCAAUGGAUUAAUCCUUCAUUGACAUCUAUAUUAUUUCUUCUUCCUCUCAUCAGAAAUAUGACAGUUAAACUACAUAGGUCCUCAAAUACCUGUUAAGAUUAAAUUAUGCAAAUCAUCAAACAAAAGUCAUAUCCUUUUGGAAAUUUAGUCCAACAGGAACUGAAUGGUGUGCUGUUUGGAAACUGAGUUUAAGAUAAACUACAAUGGUGUGUUUGUUGAUGCCAAAAUGUUCGGCUUCAGUAAAUAUACUAAGAAGCUCUUGUGCCUUCUAUGCACUAUUAAAAAGUCUUAUUCUUUUCUAAUUUGAUGGAGUGCAAGUUUUGUAAAUGUUAGCAAUUAGAAUAUGCUGUAUACAUUUUUUUGGUACUGAUUUUGAGAAUUUAAAGCAGAUUACCCUUUAAGACUACACAGCUAAGGAACUGGUAUUUAAACAAAGAGAAAAUGGUAUUAAAGUUUUCAAAAUCUGAAUUAGAUAAAUUCAACACAAAGUAGACUAGAGGAUAAUGGAGUAACAGAUCCUUGCAGUUGCUCAUUCUUGCUAAAAACAUGAAGUUUUAUAUUAAAUGACUUUAUGAAAGAACCACUGUCAGCCCGGUCCAUUUUAUAAAUCAUUUGAGUGCAAUUCUUUGAGCAAUAGGAUGAUGGUCUUUUUCAGGGUUUUUUUUAAAGCUAAAGAUUUUGAUCUGACAAUCUACUUCAAGAAAACUCAGAAGAUAUGAUACAUUCUUACUUUUAUCUUAAAGCAUUGUUUGGUCAUCGUUUUCAUUACCUGAAGUGCCAGGUUGGAACCUAUAGCUACUGUUAGAAGUCUUAAGGGCAAGAGCAUCACAUAAUGUAUUAAGAAUUACGUGCAGCCAGAUGUUUUUCAAAGCACAGUACUAGAGCUGUUUUUACGGACAGGAUUCUGUUGGGUGACCCCUCCUGUCAAACUAGAAAUUAGGGGAAAAAGAGGGAUUUUUAUUCUUUACCUUGCUAGAGUACUGUUAAUUUCCCCCCCUCCCUUUAGCUCUUUCAUGUAAUCUUUCAAAUCCAUAAGUCAAUACACAUUAGAAUCAGAUGAAAACAUUUUUUAAAAUAAAGUUUUUUUCAUUA